AUGUGCUCCACACCCGGCAUGCCCAGCCCUGGCGCCCCCAUCACGCUGCGCGUAUCCUUCGUGGAUGUGCACCCGGAGGUCAUCCCCGUGCAGCUCUGGGGGCUGGUGGGUGACCGUCGAGAGGAGUACGUGCGUCUGGGUCACGACAUCCAAGUGGCCGCAGCGGCAGUAGCGGCCCGGACCCGGGCUAUGCCAGCAGCCAACCCCGGCGAGCUCUGCCUCGUGCAGCUGGGCCCCCGCUGGCACCGCUGCCGCGUGGUCAGCAGACAGGCGCAGGAGUGCCGAGUCUUCCUCCUGGACGAAGGUCGCACGGUCACGGCCAACUCAGCUGCCCUGGCCCCUGGCCGCAAUGAGUUCUUCCACCUGCCAUCAGAGGUGCUGGGCUGCGUGCUGACUGGCCUGGUGCCACUCGGGGGAGGCGGCGGGGAGCCCCAGCAGUGGUCCCGAGGUGCCGUGGAUUUCCUUGGCCAUCUUCAAGGCAAGGAGGUGCAGGGCCGAGUGCAAGAUGUGCUGCUUCCCCAGCGCCUGGUGCUGCUGGAGGUUCCCACAGUAUUCCAGCAGAUGCAGGACCUGGGCCUGGCGCGACAGGUGCCUGACAGCCUCUUUCGAUCGCUGCUGAAGCGCUACAUUAAUGCCGCGGGUGCUUCGGUGCUCCUCCCGAGGGCGCUGCCCAAGCAGGACCCCCCGCAGCUCUUGGAUUACUUCUACCCCCAGCUGCAGCUGGGCGUCACGGAGCCUGUGGUGGUGACCCAGGUGUGCCACCCGCAUCGCAUUCACUGCCAGCUCCGCAGCCUUUCCCAGGAGAUCCGUCGGCUGUCUGACAGCAUGGCCCAUGCCUAUCGGGCAACAGGUACCGGGGACGAAAGUGGGAGAAACAGCAGCUGGGAGGAGAGGGAGGAGAGCCCGGACAAGCCCGGCUCCCCUUGUGCCGCUUGUGGCCUGGAUGGACAGUGGUACCGUGCACAGCUGCUAGAGAAUUUUCGACCGCAGCGCUGUGCCCAAGUGCUGCAUGUAGACUAUGGGAGAAAAGAGCUAGUGAGCUGUGGUAGUUUGAGAUACUUGCUUCCCGAAUAUUUUCGGAUGCCGGUGGUUACUUAUCCCUGUGCCUUAUACGGACUCUGGGAUGGUGGACGAGGCUGGUCUCGUUCCCAAGUAGGAGACCUCAAGGCCCUGAUCCUGGGUCAGGCGGUAAAUGCCAAAAUUGAAUUUUAUAGUUCCUUUGAACACGUAUAUUAUGUAACCUUAUAUGGAGAGGAUGGGAUUAAUCUCAACUGUGCCUUCGGGGUCCAGUCCUGCUGUCUGGCUGACAGACUUCUCCAGAGCCCGGGCCUGGAAGAAGAAGAAGGAAAGGAGUCCGAGCCUGAGGAGGGGUUGGAAGAUGAUCUGUCUCCGCCAGUCCUGAAAGCUGUGCGUCUGAAGGCUAAUUCUUUCUAUGAUGCCCAGGUAGAAUUUGUUAAGGAUCCCUCGGAGUUUUGGAUCAGGUUGAGAAAACACAGUGGCCCCUUUAGCAAGUUAAUGAGGAGUAUGUGUAACUUCUACUCAUCGAGAAAGCUGGACGGCUUGUCGCUGCAGCCGGUGCCCGACCACCUCUGCUGUGCCAAGUGGAAAGAGCACGGGUAUUACCGAGCCGUAGUCACUAGACUGGUGGGGGACAAAAGCGUGGAAGUGCACUUGGUGGAUCGGGGCGAUACGGAGACAGUGGGCUGCUCAGACGUGAAAAUGCUGCUCCCUCAGUUCAGGCAGCUCCCGGCCGUGGCGCUGAGGUGCUGUCUGGCAGAUAUUUGGCCCCUCGGGGAAACUUGGAGCCGUGAAGCCAUUUCCUAUUUCAAAAAAACAGUGCUGCACAAGGAGUUGGUCAUUCACGUUCUUGAUAAGCAGGAUAGCCAGUAUGUCAUUGAAAUUCUUGAUGAAUCAAGAAUGGGGGAAGAAAAUGUAAGCAAACUGAUUGCCCAGGCUGGCUAUGCCAAAUAUCAAGAAUUUGAGAUGAUGGACAUCAGGCCACCAGCUCACUCCCCGGGACAAAUUCCAAAUCAACUAAAUACUGAUUGUAACCGAGUGGCUUCUGCCAAGAAAGUUGGAAUGGGACAGUGGGUGAUGAAAGAUGACAAGCCUCCAGUUUCAGAGGUUGGGACUGACAGAACAGUUGUUACAAAAAGCUCUUUCAGUGAAUCAGUUGUGCAGGCAGCAGAGAAAACAAGAAAUAUGCCCAUCUAUUCUCCACUAGUACAAAAUUAUUUGGAAAUUAAGCCCGGCUCUCCCUGUAAAGGUCAGUUAGAAGUUGGGAGCACAGUAGAAGUUAAAGUGUCUUAUGUUGAAAGCCCUGGAUAUUUCUGGUGCCAACUGACCAGAAACCUCCAAGGUCUCAGAACCCUAAUGUGUAAAAUUCAAGAUUUUUGCAAGAAUUCUGCUCCUCUAUACCAGGGAAUUAGUCCAGCUUGCUUGGCAAAGCGAACUAUUAAUGGGAAAUGGUCCAGAGCUUUGAUUAUUAGUGGAACCCCUUCUACUGACCAUGCCAAAGUAAUAUUUGUUGACUAUGGAAAUAAAGAAAUAGUCUCUAUGAAGAAUAUCUAUUCAAUCAAUGAUGAUUUUUUAAAGCUAAAGGCUCAAGCUUUUAGAUGUAGCCUGUACAACUUAAUUCAACCAGCCAGUCAAAAUCCCUUUGUUUGGGAUGAAAGAGCAAUUCAAGCUUUUAAGGAAUUUGUAGAUAAUGCCUGGGAAGAUAAUCUGGAGUUGAAAUGCACGAUUUUUGCCCUUGCCGCAAUAAAUAACAAAGAACUCUUUAACGUGGUAGAUUUACUAACUCCUUUUCAGAGUGCUUGCCACUACCUAACAGAGAUUGGGUUUGCCAAACAAGUUCAACUUCAGAAACCUCUAGCAUCCUCCAUGCAACUCCAUUCCUACUAUUAUUCCACCCAUGACAUCAAAAUUGGAAGUGAAGAAGCUGUUUUUGUAACACAUGUUGAUGGACCUUGGACCUUUUAUUGCCAGCUUUCGAGGAGCUCAGGUGUGCUAGAGCAGCUGUCAAGUGAUAUUUGCCGAUUAAGCAAAGUCUUACAACAUUCAAAAACAUCUUCAUUAAACCCUGGGACCUUGUGCCUUGCAAAAUAUAGUGAUCAGAAUUGGUAUAGAGGAAUAGUCACAGGCAAAGAACCAAACAAAGUUUUCUUUGUUGACUUUGGGAAUGUUCAUGUGGUGGCAAAUGAAGACUUGCUUCCAAUCCCAGGUGAUGCCUAUGAUCUCUUACUUUUGCCAAUGCAAGCUGUGAAAUGUUCUUUGUCUGAUGUCUAUGACAAUACUCCUAAAGAAAUUGCAGGUUGGUUUGAAGAGGCUGUAUUAGACAAAUCGCUGAAGGCUUUAGUUGUAGCAAAAGAUCCAGAUGGAAGGUUGAUUAUUGAAUUGUAUGAUGGUAGUGUUCAGAUUAAUGCUAAAAUAAAUGAGAAGUUGGGUUUACUAGGUUUCAAAGGUCCAAAGAAAGUAGAAAAUGAAGAAUUGCUCUCUUCAGCUGAAACCUUUAAAGAAGUAAAAAGUGAAAAUAGGAACUUACUUGCUGGAUAUUCCAGCAAAACAGCAAAUAAAUUAUGCACAUCAGAGAUCCAGGGAGAAUCAUGCAAACCUAAAAUCAGUCUAGCAUGUAAGGAAUUAAAAAACUUACAAAGUUCAACAAAGAUAGGCUUGUUAACUCAUUAUCAGGAAUCUGUGGGAGGUCAAAGUAAUCACGUGUCCCAUCCACCUAAUAAAAUAGGAGAGAAUCUUGUUCAGCCCUCUGUACAAGUGUUAGAAAGAAAUAAGGACUUACCGCUUAAAUUUUGUGAUCUACCUCAGAAGAGUAUAGUGCCUGGUUUUAAGACAAAGGUAUAUGUUUCCCAUAUUAAUGAUCUAACAGACUUUUAUAUUCAAUUAGCUGAUGAUGAGGAAGAACUUGCAAGUAUUUCAGAGAAGUUAAAUGAUGAUAAAACAAGACGGGAAUGUUUUGCUAGACGAUCUCUGGCAAAAGGAGACUUAAUUUGUGCCGUUUUUCCAGAGGACGACUUAAAGUAUCGAGCUGUAGUCAAAGAGCAGUCUGGUGACCUUGUCACUGUACAAUUCAUAGACUAUGGGAACACCUCAGUGGUCAACAUUAGCAAACUAAGUAAACUUCAGAAAGCUAAUGCCUUAGUUCCAGGGAUGGGCAUUCACUGUACCUUGGGUGGGCUUCAUAUCCUGCAAAUUAAAAACCAAUGUCAAGAGCUUUACUUUUCAGAGAGAACAGGUGAGGCUCAGAUCAAUUGUGAGUUUGUCAUGAAAUAUGAAGAUAAGUGGGAUGUUUUGCUAACAGAUGAACAGGGUGUAAUAUCAGAGGAUAUGAUCAGCAAAUUUAUAUCUAAUGGAAAAUCACAAGUAGAAACUUCUGCCCAGGUAAAUGCAGGUACUAAUCUAGAGACUCUUUUGGACCCUCCACCCCCUCCUCCUCCUCCUCCUGUUCCUCCUCCUCCCCCUCCUCCUCCCCCUCUUUCUCUUCCUCUUCCUCUUCUUCUUCCUCUUCCUCCCCACCUUCCUCUUCCCCAUCUUCCUCCUCCCCCUCAGGAUCCCUUUAAAGAUCCUGGCAAAAAAAAUUUUAAGUUGCGAAACUGGUACCUCCCAGAAGUAAAUAAGAUAAAAGUCUAUGCCACCGUGAUUGAUGGGCCAGAGUAUUUUUGGUGUCAGUUUGCUGACACAAAAGUUCUUGACUGUUUGGACCCCCAGGUACAGGCUGCUGGAGAACAUGCAGCAGUCUGUGCAGACUGCAUUUCAGGUGUUCAGUCAGGUGUGGCUUGUAUUGUGAAAUACAGUGAAGAUGGGCGUUUUUAUAGAGGACUUGUUACUGAUGUGCUAGAGGGAGACCUCGUAUCAGUCAGGCUUGUGGACUUCGGGAAUGCAGUCAAUUUUAGCAGAAAUGCCAUCUGGAAUAUCCCUAGUGACCUCUUGAAUGUCAAUAUGCAGUGUUUCCCCUGUUGUCUAUCAGGAUAUAAUGUUUUAGAAGGUAUAUGUUCUUUUGAAGAAAAUGAUUAUUUUUAUGAAAUAGCUACAGAGGGUAUUUUAGAGCUUACUAUUUUAGAGAUCAAAAAAGAUGUCUGUGAUAUACCACUGGCAGUGGUUCAAUUAAAAUAUGAAGGUGAAAACCUUAAUGAGAAAAUGCUAAAAUUUUCGGAACAGUUCUGUACAACUGAUGAAGAAUUCUCAAAGACUUUAUGUGAAAACAAACUGAGGGAAGCAGAAACUCCCAGGUCCCUCAGUCUUGCCAUUGGAAAUAAGCCUAACAAAGUUGUUCAAGAUGGCUUACUCUACAUGGAAUCUCAAGGAGAUAUUUUUCGUCUAAGCAGUGGAUUAAACCAUGUUGAAACUAAGCCAAGUCUUGCUUUUGAAAGUGAAACCAUCGCAGCUUUUGUGUCUUCAGCUGGGCCACUUGGCAAAGACAAUGUUGGAGACAAUAGAAUAGAGUGCUCUUUGGCCGAAAAAGUAAAGUUUGACAGUGACAAAAACCUGAUUACUGGAUUAGAAACUCUGCUGCCACGAAUUAAUGAGACAAAAGAAAUCUUGGAACUGGAUUCGCUUGAAGUACCCCUCUCAAUGGAAGAAUCAAAAGAGUUCUUAGAACUGGAGUCCAUUGAAUUACAACUUUCUCUAGCUGGUGAUGAGGCAAAAGAGCUGGACCUGGAACCUCCCAUGGCCCACCUUUCCCAGGGAUGUGACCCAAAAGUAGUUACCUUGGAACAAUUUACAAUCCAGCUCUCAAACAAUUCUAAAUCAGAACAGCUAGAAUUAGAAUCUCCAAUAGGAUCUCUGUCUCUGGACAAGGAGACUCAACCCUUUUCAAAGGUGAGUCAGAAAGCCCAGGAAACUCCAUGCCCAGAGGACUCUGGAGAGCCAAAUCAUCUAAAACCUUUUGACAGAUGCAAAGUACAUUCCAAAACAGAGACUGCACAUAACUUGUAUAAAGAAGUGUUUACAGAGUACAAAAACAGACUUUCUGUUGAAUCUUUGACUCACUUGCUCCCUGAAGAAGAAAUAAAAGCAGAAGAAAACCAUGGGAAUGCUUUAACAGACCACGCUUCAGGUUCUGAACCUUUCAAAUGGUAUGGAAGAAAUAGUGAACCCAGAAAAUGUCUGGAAUGGAAUACCUAAAUUGAAUAAUAGUCCAUCUGAGCUUUAGGCUUUACACCUCUGGUUUUAGAAAAACGAGCUGGAGGUGAUUUAAGUGUGGAGCCUUAGAUGUUGCCCAGAAAUCAUGAAAUAGUUCCUGACUGUGUGGCAUCUUGUUUACAAGAUUCAGAUCAGCAGAAAAAUUGUGGGUUCAUAUUCUUGAGAAGAACUUGCCCUUUUGGAAAAUGAUUAAAAAAAACACUUUUAACAAAUCUCAGGUCGAAUAUAUCUAUGGUAUUUUAUGGUGCUAUCUUUGUAAAUAAUUUGCAACAUCUCCCUUUAAAUCUUAAUAACAGUUCUUACCUUUGACGUGGAAUAUUUGUCUUCCAUAUUAGUCAAAAUUCAGAAAGUGAACCUAUGUAAAUACAGUAUAUAAAUUAGUGGAAAAAAUCCUUAUGACAGAAAAUGCUAUACAUGACCUGUGUAUAUUAUGUGAUGCUCUCUACUUUAGAAUGGUCUCAUUUGUUAGUAAUAGUUCUACUUUGUUUGGAAGUUUUGUCUUUCCUUUCUGGUGAAUAAAUAAUUGACCACUUGUUUGAAUUUGAGUAUGUAUAACAAGACUGAAUAAAAUUUUUCCUUAAAAGAUGGUGGUUGUGUAGGUUGCUUUUUAAUUUAAAAAAAAAUUCUUAAUAAAAGAUUUUGAGAAAUAGGUAGGUUUGACCAUUUGACAUUUAACUUCUUUCUGAAACAAUUCCACCUCUCCAUACCAAUAGCCUGGUGUGAUAAUUCCUAUUCAGUAGUCAUUUGGGAGGCAGCCCAUUCCACUUUUGGGUAGUUCUGAUUGUCAGGAAGUGUUUCUCUUCAUCCAGCCUAAAUGUAUCUCAGCUAAGAGUUUUUCCUUCUGGGCCAAACAAAACAUUUUAAUCUUGAGAAUUCCUAUAUUUGUAGUUUAAAGGAGACUGCAUUAUUGAAAGCAUAGAAGCUUCUGCCCCCUAAUAGAGUUCUUGAAGUUUCACCUUCAAACUAGGUGUCAUAUUAAGUUGGAGAGGUUUCAAAUGAGGGUCCAGUGAUAGACUGGACCAGUUUAGUUAGGUUCAGAGAGAUGCUAGGUGAUGAAUGAACAGGGAGGUGGGGGUGGAGCUUGGCUACUACAACUAUAAGACUAUUGAGGUCUUGGUGUGAUUCAGUGGAAGAGAAAAGAGUACCCAACCUAGCCAGUCUUCUUUAACCUUACACUCUUUCACCUACUUUAUAGUCCACUGAAAUCUGUUCCACAAGACU